UCAUAAUCAAUUAAUAAUCCAGCUUUAGUAGGAUUUCUGAUAACCGUCAGAUCCUUACUUUCUAUCCUUUUCCGUUACUGAUCUAACGAUCAUAAUUCCCGCCUCUUUCCUUUCUUCUCCUUUUUCCGGCCACCACCAACACCACCAGAUAGACCAAAUCAACAGCAAAGAAGAAAGACAGACAAUCCUUUUUAUUUUUUCUCUUCAGGGAAUGGGCAUGGAUUAUUACAACAUAUUAAAAGUGAAUCGCAACGCCACCGACGAGGACCUCAAAAAGGCGUACAAGAGAUUGGCCAUGAUAUGGCACCCGGACAAGAACCCGACUGCUAGAAGAUCCGAAGCGGAAGCCAAAUUCAAGCAAAUCUCAGAAGCCUAUGAUGUUUUAAGCGACCCGCAGAAACGACAGAUCUACGAUUUGUACGGAGAGGAGGCGUUGAAAUCAGGACAGGUCCCACCAACUUCUACUUCUUCCUCCACGGCGGCUCGUGGACAGGGGCAGCAUUAUUAUCAACGUCAGCAUCCUAAUCCGACGUUCCGGUUUAAUCCCAGAAAUGCAGAGGAUAUUUACGAGGAGUUGUUUGGAUCUGAGCGUAGUAAUAAUGGAGGGCAAAGAGGGUAUAGAGGACAUGGAGAUGGGUAUUUUUGGAAUGGGAAUACUAGUACUUCUAAUAGAGCAGCCGACAAGAAAGCUUUACCUGUUGUGAAUGCUUUGCCAUGUAGCUUGGAGGAGAUCUAUAAAGGUACCAAAAAGAAGAUGCGAAUUUCUCGGACUGUCUAUGAUGCUUCUGGUAAGCCAAUUUCUAUUGAGGAGAUAUUGAACAUUGAGAUCAGACCUGGUUGGAAGAAGGGAACAAAGAUAACAUUUGAGGAGAAGGGUAACCAGCAACCUGGUCUUAUUCCACCUGAUCUUAUUUUCAUGCUAGAGGAGAAGCCACAUGCACUUUACAAGAGGGAUGGUAAUGACUUGGUAGUAAACCAGGAGAUAACACUGCUGGAGGCCCUCACAGGGAAGACCCUUGACCUGACUACCCUUGAUGGAAGGAAUAUUAUGAUCCCUCUGACUGAUAUCAUCAGACCGGGUGUUGAAGUGGUUGUCCCAAAUGAAGGAAUGCCAAUUUCUAAAGAACCUGGGAAGAAGGGUAAUUUGAGAAUAAAGCUCAGCGUCAAGUAUCCUUCAAUGCUCACUUCACAACAGAAAUCUGAGUUACGAAGGGUUCUGGGAGGAGUUUCAUAGUUAUUAGUCAAUUUAAAAUGGACCACUGAAUUAGCAGUGGAGAUAUCUUGAUCAUAGAUGUAAAUAAUAUGUAUGCUUUCAUAGAAUGUGAAUGCUAGGCAGGUUUUGGUGGUGGAAUGGUGUAGCUAAUUCUUAGUUCUCUUAAUUUGUUUAAAACAUUUAAAGUGAGUUGCUAUUUUUUCUUCGUAAGA